AUGGCCGACUAGUGUCAGUGUUGCGCGCGAUUCGAGGCGCACGCGCAUGUCGCGAUCGCAUACGAUAUUCAAUAAUAAACGAGAAUCAACGAAAUAACUACCGAAUAGUUUUUAACCGAAUACGAUAUAUAUAUAAAUUUUAAUCUGUGCAGUGACAGUUCUUGUGAUACUAUAAUUGUUUUAUUUUUAAAAUUCAAUUGCAGCUUGAAACAAGUGUAUCGUUAGCUUUGUUGACGCGAAACAGCUGUCAAAAUAUUUUUCACACUAUCAAGAAACAGUGAAGAUAUCGAGCAUUGAAGAAUCAAGGUCGACCUACAAAGUUUAUGGUGGUGUCGAGGAACAUGACAUGAGGUUGGGCUGAACGGUGAUGUGCAAGAUGGCGCGCAGUUGAAUUUAAAAAUGUUCCUGUGUUUGUGACAAAUCAAAAAUGGCAAAUAAAGUUAAAAACAAUCACUACGUGGCGACGCACCGUUCGGGGAUUGAUUCGCCCUCGUCGGGGGGCUACUUGCAUCGUUCGUCGAGGGAUGAAAAUGACAGCCACCGAGCGCCCUCCGAGAGGACGCUUUCAGAAUAUACGAUGAUAGACGAGAGGACACGUUCCCCCUCCGGUGGUGAGCACAGGAAUGGUCGACGGCAUCCCACCAAUGGGUCACCACGGGACUCCGGCUCAGAGGUCUACGUCACUAGCGCCGCCUACCGACCGCCCUCUGAAAUUAGCCGACAGUCGAGAGCACCGCGUAGUGUUUACUCAUACAGAAGUGCCGUGGCGCCAUCUGUUGCCUCCACACAUCGCUCCAAAGUUUCGAGAAAGGCUGGAGUGAAAGUGGACGCGAUGGCGGCUCCAAACCCGUUCUGCCCGAACGUAAAAGGCAUGUGCUGCCUCAUGCUGCUGCUGAACCUCGGCCUCAUCCUCGUCACACUCGGCUUUGUCAUCGUGCUGCAGUUCUUUGAACCGCUCUUCGUUUGGAUCCUGGGUAUAGUCUUCCUUAUAUUCGGUUUCAUCACACUCGUGGGCAGCCUCAUAUACUGCGUAGUGCUCUGUCGAGAGAACCCGUACCCUCGCUACCCGGACGACUUCUACUGGACCCACCACUGGUCAAAAACCAUUGGACCUUCGGAAAUCCACUACAGUGCUAGUGAAAAACCAUACAGACAAAAUGGACACGAUAGAUACAAUAAAUAUAACGGAGGUAAAUAUUCUGAUAGGGAAAGUGCUAAGGGAUAUUCAGACAGAGAGAGUAAAUUAAGCAGGUAUUGAUUAUAACGAAUAAAAAAAGGGCGCGAAUUAGCGCUGUCACAUUUUCUACGUUUGACAGAUAUGUGAAAAUAAUAAAGAAAUUUUAGAACAGCUUUACUAAUUAAGGCCUAAAAUAUAAAACAUACAGGUUUCGACUGUUAAUGGAACUAUAAAUAUUUUUUUAAAGUUUAUAAGUAAAU